AUGGAGACGGAGGGAGAGAUGGGGUCGCACCCGUCCUCCCUUUGUACCCUCCCGGCGGAGCAGAGGCCCCCAGCCAAACCCCCCAGUGCUGCAAGCAAAAGCAAAACCCACGCAUCUGGAGAGAGAGAAAAAGAUGACCAGCAAGUCUGCUCCUUAGAUAGCCACACGUCUGGAGAGAGAGAAAAAGAUGACCGGCAAGUCUGCUCCUUAGAUAGCCACGCGUCUGGAGAGAGAGAAAAAGAUGACCGGCAAGUCUGCUCCUUAGAUAGCCACGCAUCUGGAGAGAGAGAAAAAGAUGACUGGCAAGUCUGCUCCUUAGAUAGCCACGCGUCUGGAGAGAGAGAAAAAGAUGACCGGCAAGUCUGCUCCUUAGAUAGCCACGCAUCUGGAGAGAGAGAAAAAGAUGACCGGCAAGUCUGCUCCUUAGAUAGCCAUUCGUCUGGAGAGAGAGAAAAAGAUGACCGGCAAGUCUGCUCCUUAGAUAGCCACGCAUCUGGAGAGAGAGAAAAAGAUGACCGGCAAGUCUGCUCCUUAGAUAGCCACGCAUCUGGAGAGAGAGAAAAAGAUGACCGGCAAGUCUGCUCCUUAGAUAGCCACGCGUCUGGAGAGAGAGAAAAAGAUGACCGGCAAGUCUGCUCCUUAGAUAGCCACGCGUCUGGAGAGAGAGAAAAAGAUGACCGGCAAGUCUGCUCCUUAGAUAGCCACACGUCUGGAGAGAGAGAAAAAGAUGACCAGCAAGUCUGCUCCUUAGAUAGCCACACGUCUGGAGAGAGAGAAAAAGAUGACCGGCAAGUCUGCUCCUUAGAUAGCCACACGUCUGGAGAGAGAGAAAAAGAUGACCGGCAAGUCUGCUCCUUAGAUAGCCACACGUCUGGAGAGAGAGAAAAAGAUGACCGGCAAGUCUGCUCCUUAGAUAGCCACACGUCUGGAGAGAGAGAAAAAGAUGACCGGCAAGUCUGCUCCUUAGAUAGCCACGCAUCUGGAGAGAGAGAAAAAGAUGACCGGCAAGUCUGCUCCUUAGAUAGCCACGCAUCUGGAGAGAGAGAAAAAGAUGACCGGCAAGUCUGCUCCUUAGAUAGCCACGCAUCUGGAGAGAGAGAAAAAGAUGACCGGCAAGUCUGCUCCUUAGAUAGCCAUUCGUCUGGAGAGAGAGAAAAAGAUGACCGGCAAGUCUGCUCCUUAGAUAGCCACACGUCUGGAGAGAGAGAAAAAGAUGACCGGCAAGUCUGCUCCUUAGAUAGCCAUUCGUCUGGAGAGAGAGAAAAAGAUGACCGGCAAGUCUGCUCCUUAGAUAGCCACACGUCUGGAGAGAGAGAAAAAGAUGACCGGCAAGUCUGCUCCUUAGAUAGGGAGAUAUAG